CGGUUGAACGUGGCUGUGCUAGGCUUCACGGACGUCAGUUACAAGAAUCAAACCUACCCUGAUGUGGCCUUUGGUCCCAUGAUCCCGACCCCCAGCAUCGACGAGCUGGCUCUUUCUGGCGUACGUCUGGAAAGUUACUACGUGAACCAGCUGUGCAGCCCUACUCGGACCAGUCUGCUCAGCGGGCGCUAUGCCUACACUCUGGGCAUGAAUGCCGAAGUGAUCGUGGACGGUCAUCCAGAUCAACUCCCUUUGACCGUCAAAACCAUCGGCGAACACCUUCAAGAGGGGGGCUGGGCCACUUUUGCCGGGGGCAAGUGGGAUGCCGGCAUGACCUCCUGGGGCUGCACGCCUACAUGUCGAGGCUUUGACACUUUUAGCGGUUUUUACAAUGCUUUCAAUGAUUAUUUUACACACCGCGUCGGCAAUUAUCUGGAUUUGCGGCACGACUUUGCCCCCGAUCUUGCGGAUGACAACCACACUGGCGUCUACAUGACCGAGUUGUUAACCUCGCGCGUCCAGCAGUUUAUCACCACGGCCGCUGAAACUGAACAAUCCACAUUUGCUUACGUGGCCCAUCAGGCUGUCCAUGCACCUAAUCAGGUGCCCAUGUCCUAUCUUGAGGGCUACUGCUUGGAUACCAUUCCUGAAGACCGCCCUACUCGCCGAAUUUUGUGUGGCAUGAUGCGGGCCGUGGAUGAGAGCGUGCGCAAUAUUACCGCAACAUACAAACAACUUGGUCUUUGGAACGACACUGUGCUCAUCUUUACCACAGAUAAUGGUGGCAACCCGGAGACGGGUGGCUCGAACUAUCCUCUUCGUGGCCAAAAGGCCACCACUUUUGAGGGUGGCAUGAGAGGUGUUGGCUUUGUCAACUCGCCCCUGUUGAACGAGUCACAACGUGGCUUUAUCUCCGACGAGCUGAUCCACGUUUCGGAUUGGUGA